AUCAAAUUAAACGAAACGAAGGGCUGACGUGGCAGUGGGCCUACACCCUUGUGCCCUAAUAUGAAGAAUCACAUAUACAUCUUCCCUCUUUCAACAAUUUUCCAAAUCGCUGUCUCUUUCUCUCCCUCCAUAAUUCCGCAACCGGACCUUAAACAAAUGGGAAGUGCAGCCAACGGUGCCGCCGUGGAUAUGGAUACAUCCACCAGCAACGGCAGCGCUUCCGUCGACAAGGGGGUCGAUUUCGCCAAUUAUUUCUGCACAUACGCCUUUCUCUACCACCAGAAAGAAAUGCUCUCUGACCGCGUUCGAAUGGACGCUUAUUACAACUCUGUUUUCAAGAACAAACACCACUUCAUCGGAAAAACUGUGUUGGAUGUAGGAACAGGGAGUGGCAUUUUAGCAAUUUGGUCAGCUCAAGCAGGUGCAAAGAAAGUGUAUGCAGUGGAAGCUACAAAAAUGGCCGAUCAUGCUCGUGAGCUUGUUAAAGCAAACAACCUCCAUGGUAUUGUUGAAGUCAUCGAAGGUUCAAUAGAAGAUAUAACAUUACCUGAAAAAGUUGAUGUAAUCAUCUCUGAGUGGAUGGGAUACUUUCUUCUUCGUGAAUCCAUGUUUGACUCUGUUAUCUGUGCUCGUGAUCGUUGGCUGAAACCAACUGGAGUUAUGUAUCCUAGUCAUGCGCGAAUGUGGUUGGCGCCUAUAAGAUCAGGAUUAUCAGAUCAUAAAAUGAGUGAUUAUGAAGGAUGUAUGGAUGAUUGGCAUGGUUUUGUUAAUGACACUAAAUCUUAUUAUGGUGUUGAUAUGAGUGUUUUGACAAAACCCUUUUCUGAAGAGCAAAAGAAGUACUACUUACAGAAUUCCCUUUGGAAUAGUCUUCAUCCAAAUCAAGUAGUGGGAACUCCUACUAUUUUAAAGGAGAUUGAUUGUUUAAAAGUAACUGUUGAAGAAAUACUCAAAGUUCAAGCUGUUGUUUCAUCAACAAUUGUUAAAGAGGACACUAGGCUUUGUGGGUUUGGUGGCUGGUUUGAUGUUCAUUUUAAAGGAAGAGAGGAGGACCCUGCUGAGUGUGAGGUGGAGUUGACUACAGCUCCUAGUGUAGAUGAUGUCACACAUUGGGGACAACAGGUGUUUCUUUUGCAUCCACCUGUGCGUGUGAACGAAAAGGAUGAUAUCCAAAUCAGUUUUACAAUGAGUCGUUCUGAAGAAAACCAUCGGUUGAUGAAAGUUGAUCUUGCGUAUCAAAUUAAAUUGUCAUCCGAUGUGAAAUCGAAAGCGAAAAUGCAUAGAUCAUCAUCAGCCACCACGUUCCGCACCUCCGAUGAGUAUUUCCUCAACCUAUUGCCGCCAGGGAAGGCGGCCAAACCACCACCGGAUGAUGACUUACCGGUGUACAAUCCAAUCUCUCCAAAUGGAAGCAAAGAACACUAUAACUCAUCAAGGGAAAACACUAUUCAUCUCAUCCCACUUGUUUUGCUUCUUUGUGGUUUCAUUCUUUGGUUCUUUUCUUAUCCGAUUGAUGUACUCAAAGACAACCAUAUUACAAUGUAA